GUGCAUAAACUGUUACAGAUGAAUGGAGUAGCGUUAACAACUGCACUCGUAGCGCAUCGUGCAUUCGAGCUGUCGCUUAUUCCCGAUGAGGCGAACACUCGACAACGACGAAGUGAAGCGUCCACAAAACGUUCCUUGUUCAGAAACAGUCGUGAUACGAAGAUGUUACAAUCGUGUGAUUCGCGUUUACCAUUGACAAACAGCGAUGAAAACAGCGUUCUGGAACGAGAACGUGCUAGAAGCAAUAGUCCUGCAUUUGGAGGUGUUCAGUCGCCGUCACGUCCAUCUUGUAAUGCCGCCGCCACAAACGCAUCCUCUGAACAACAACGUUUAGUCAGACCUUCUUCAAAGCUGUCACGGCAUGAUACAUUGGCUUAA